AUGCGGAGGCCAGGCGUGCCGAAAGCAAUUGCUUGCCUAUUUGCAUGUUUGUGUGUCUGUCUGUAUGUCUGUCUGUCUGUCUGCAGGAAUGCGCAAGUGGCUGUCCUCGACACCUACACAGGUGAGGCGAAGGCAGCACUACUUUUGGCCAACUCGACAGGACAGUGGGAAGGCACGGUCCUCCCUUUCGGUACGGCUUUCGGCAUUCCGGAUGGCACAUACCAGGUCAUCCUCAGCGACGGAAGUGCAGACUCGAAGAUCCGUGCUCCUUUCACUGCGGUGAAAGGCGAAAGCUACAUUGUGCUCCGUACUGGGGUGACAGAAAAGAUGGCCAACAGCUCCGGCAUUGAUUACCCGCAGGAUCUCAUUGUAUUUCCUGCCUCGAAGACUCUUUCUCCACAGGUGAAGUUGAGUGGCUUCGAGGCCAGUCAUCGCACUUCCACUGUGCAGGCAGCCUUGGCAACGGAUCUGCCGCGUGAGGCGAUGGAGUCGCUGCUGCAGGAACUGACAGCAGAAGCAGCGAAGUCCGCCCCCUGGGCAGUCGCAUUGUUGUUUGGCAGAAUGAAAUGA